GUGACGUCUCCGACGUGUCGGAAUUGGACAAAAAGUUUGCAGAUCGUGCCUUCCGGGCAGCGGAUCGUGAUUCAGGUGGCUUUAUUGACGUUGAGGAGUUUGCUGUUUGGUAUUCGUCGUUCUGCUUCGCUGAGGAGGUGACCGUUCGGCCUCAAGUCCGGCAGACGCGAGAAUUGGCUCGACAGAUGGGGCUUGAAAUUUGGGCUAUCGAGAAGUUCAGGGUGGCUUUUGAUAAGUACGAUGCAGAUGGAAGUGGCGAGAUUGAGUUCGAUGAGUUUUCCGACAUGGUGCAGGAAUUGUUGAAGGCCACCGCAAGUGUGAGAGGAAUCCCGCUGGAUGAAUACCGACGGGACGUGCCGCCGGGUUGGAGUCCGGGAAACAUGGACUACCCGCUGAAGCUCUACCUGGAGCGGGUGAAGAUGUGGUACCGGAUUUAUGAAGGCCCUGAUGAAUCAGUUGGACCUCUACUUGCUGGGCGACUCCGUGGACGAGCUCAACAGAUAGCUUUGACACUACGCCUUCCUGAUCCUCAUGGUGGAGUGGACAUCGGAGACGGCGCUCUGGUCAGGCUAUCAGUUGAUGAAGUCCGAGACCCAGUCAAUGGCCAGGUGAUUCAGCAGGCGAUCCCAAGCGGAGUUCAGGCACUACUUGCUGCCCUUCGAGCCGCCUUUGGAGAAGCAGAUCAACUUCGUGCGACUCGGGCGAUGGAGGUCUUCUUCGAGUUCAAAAGAGGUCGCAUGGCGCUGCCAGAAUGGUCAGUCCAAUGGCAGCUGAACUUGGACGAGGCCAUCACGCACUCCGGCCUGGACCUCAACAAUGUGGCUCGAACCUACCUCUACCUGAAGUCGUCGCAGCUGAGCCAGAAGAUGAUAGACGAUCUCCUUCUUCAAGUUCAUGGGGACAUGGCCAGGUUCGACGAGAUCCGCACCCUCAUGCUGAGCAUGUCACAUAGGAGCUUUGAUGCUGGCUCCCACUCAGCACUCUAUGAGGAUGGAUCGCAAUCCUAUGGCGAAGAUGAUGGUUCCUGGAGUGCUGUCACUGACAACUGGUCAGACAGCGGCCCCUCUGGCACCUACCACAUGGACGAGCUCUACGCAUGGUAUGACGAUGGAUGGUAUGGUGACCCAUGGGACUAUGAGGAGGUCGACUACGACAGCUACUACCAGGACUGGCCCGAGCACUACGACUAUGGCUGGGAUGAUGAACAACCAGAAGAUGAUGGAGCCGACCAGAAGGAAGACUCCGGCAACACCCAGUCUGAGAAGGAGGACUACUUCAAGGGCAAGGGCCGACCUUCGUCAAUGGGCCUUGGAUGUGGCACUUGUGGGAGCAAAUGGCACAACACCCACUCGUGCCCCCUGAAUGAUGCUCAGAAAGGAAAAGGAAAGAACUACGGCAAGAACAAGGGCAAGUACAAGGGGUCUAGCAAAGGCAAGGGCUAUGGGAAGAGCUUCAACAGGAAAGGCUUUGGAAGACCCAAGGGUUACAAGGGCUUCGGCAAGAAAGGAUCCUUCAAUGGUGGACGUUUUGGUCGCAAAGGAUACCUCUUGGAUGAGAUGCCGAAGAGCUACAUGGACUACUACGGCGGUGCCUAUCUCAUGAACAAGAACGGCAUUCAGGACACCAACAACCUUCAGGAGAAUGCCAAUAUCCCUGAGGUGACCAUUCGAGACACCUUCAAUGUGGAGGAUGCCAACAAGCUCUUUCCUGGUCGAAAAGUUCGCUUUGCAGAUCAACCUGAACAAGAGUCUCCAACUGAUGGCAACAGCGAACCACGACCGAAGAAGCUCAACUUCCCUGAGAUCAACGAGAACGCCUUUGAGAGCUACCACACAGUUCGAGGCAAGAAGAUCUGUGGGCUGCUCGUAGACCCUGGAGCAAGCUCAGGCCUUGUCGGUACUGACACGUUGCGAGAGCUCUUGGACUCCGGCAUGGUGCCCCAGGACAAGGUCAAGGAGAUCACAUGGGGCCCAUCUUCAACUACGGUGACAGGGAUUUCUGGCCAGGCAGACAGCACUUUGGCCAGAGUUUCUCUCCCUUUUGGACUUGGCUUGAAGGAGGCUGAAUACACUGCAGACCUCAUUGGUGGUUCCGGGAGUACCUGUCCUGCACUUCUUCCCAACACCAGCUUGAGACAGCUGAGGACGGUCAUGCUGACCCAAUGGUACGAGAACGGCCACGGUGUGAUGAUUUGCAGCACCAAUGGCCUUCGACCGGACCAUCCACAAGCCGAUUUGGUCGUCACCAAGUUGCUUCUUGCAGAGUCAGGUCACUACAUCUUACCAGUCAACCAGGUGGACCAAACUAUGACGGAGGAUGAGAAGACCGAGAUCUUGAGACUCUGGCGAUGCAAGAAGAAGACCGGCCAAGCAGCAGCACGUGAGCAGAGCGACAAUUGCCAUCUCCACGACAACUCUCUCAACAUCGACAGCAACAAGCUCCAGUUCAACACUGAGACACUGGAGUCUGAACUUCCAUCACUACCAGAACCCAAGAUGAAUGACAACAUCUACAACGAUGUCAAGAUCUCCAUGAAGGUUGACGACACCGAGCCUGCCAUCCAAGUCUUGAAGGUGGACACCAUGGACGAGGAGUACGACGAAACACAACAGUCGUAUCCUGGAGAUCAAUUUCCUGCACAUCUCCCCAACGGCAAGUUGAAGUACCUGUCCAAGCUCUACAAGGAAUGCAAGAUCAUGGGCACGAAAUCGGAAGAACUCUCACUUCCACCUCUGGGAGUUUUGCAGCGGCUCUGGAAGACUGUCUUUUCUGGCAGUGUGCGCUGGCUUGAUGGUGAUGUUCCCCUGGACUACCGGUACGGCUGGGAUCUUGGAUGCUCUUCACAUCGCAAGCUGAUUGACGAGAUCGAGAGCAACCUUGCCCCUGAUGUGGAGUACAUGAGUCCAGCCUGUCGACCGUGGUCAAUUGCAUCUACACGAAGGGACUUGGAACAAACCCAACGUGAACGUGAUGAAGAGAUGCCCACGAUCGAGUACCUCAAGUCCAAGGCCAAGAAACAAUGUCGCAACCAUCGAGGUUAUGUCUGGGAACAACCAUGGUCUUCUGCAAUGUGGCCUCACUUGGAAGACAACCCAGGCGACAUCCAACGCACAGACCAAUGCCGUUUUGGAGCUUGCGACGAAGUACAAAACCCAAUUUUGAAACCAACAGGAUUGCAGAGCAGUCUCGCUCUACGUCACAGCCUCAGAAGAUGCAAAGGACACAUGGGCAAGAAACAUGGAUGGCUUCAAGGACAAUAUCAAGGAGCUUGCCGCACAACUCUCGCAGCUAUCUACCCUGAGGCUCUAUGUCGUGCCAUCAUCAAGGACGUGAAGCGCUUUGUGAGCAACAAGACCACCGUCUUCAGCGACUUCUACAAGUGUGAACGCUGUGCUCUGGGACGCGCUGCCACCGAUGAUUUGAGGCACUCCUUCAUUCCUGGAGAAUGUCGACAUGGACGAUGGCCUGAAGGAGAAGGACCCAAGGACAAGAAGAAGGCUGAGCAAGAACGACGUGAACAAGAUGAUCUUUGGGAAACCUUCCGCAAGGAAGCCAUCAAGAACGAGAAGGUUGGUGCUGGAAAAGUUUCUGCCCACUCCGACUUUGCCUUUGACAACGAGCAGUUGCUGAUCUUCAAGAUGGUCAUGGUCAAGCUGCUCGACGAAAGCAUCAAGGAGUUUGAGCUGGCGGAGAUGGAGAAGCGCGACUACGAGCAGAACCAUUGGCUUCAAGAUCCCACAGCACUUGGCUGGAUCAAGAAGGUCUUCAAGGACUACAUGGACGUCAAGGGAGUGAUGUCAAACCUACUCCCUUGGAGCAAGCCAACACCAGCACCAGUUCUGACCUUGGAGCAAGCGCCACUACGACUCCUCAUCCAAGGGUCAGUCAUGCGGUGGACCAUUGGAAAGAUGGAAGAUCUGCGUGAACUUUCAGCUAGCCAGAUCCACGAGCCCAUGGAGUUAGACGAUGAUUGGAUGGUGGCCAUCUUUGGCAACGACCCCAACCAGAAGGAGACAACAUCCUCAUCAUCUACAGCAUUGGUGCCUGUGGAUCAGCUGAAUGAAGACCAAGAAGAACUUGCAGGUGAUUUGGUUCCUUUAGAACCUCCAGACCAUGACAGUGAGGAGCCUGACAAGAUCGCAGUUCAUCCUGGUGGCCUCAAGCCAACCUACGACUUCAGAAGGAUCUUCAAGAAGCUCCCCCGUCUUGCUCUGGAUGAUGAGACCGCUGCGAAGAGGCUCAUACUUGGACUCCACGAACGUCUUUGGCACUCUGGCCUCACCGACACCGUGAACAUCCUACGACGUUGUGGAAUGCCUCACCAUGUUUGCCGACUUGCUCCUGACGCAGUGGCCUCUUGCAUGAUCUGCCGAAAGUACUCCAGAGCUGGCAGACGACCUCAACACAAGGGAGUCAACCUCUCCUGCAACUUCAACGACUUGGUCCAGACAGACAUCUUCCACUUCCAAGACGAGAUCUACCUCAUCACUGUGGACGAAGCCACUCGCUACAAGAUUGCCACGAAAUGCACUGGGCGCUUUCUCAAGGACAUUCUCUCUGCCCUGAUGACCUCCUGGAUCAGGUUCUUUGGACCUAUGCGAGUCUUGGUGACAGAUCAGGAAUCCUCUUUGAUGACAGUAGCUGCUGGAGAAGAACUACAACGUCUUGGCAUUGAAAGAAGACCAGCAGGAACCACCAGUGGCAGACAAGGUCAACGACAUACCACGACAGGACUGGUGGAGAAGCACAUCGACCUGAUCAAGCUCACCAUGGUGAAGAUCCAGGCAGAAGCCAGCAGAUGGGGCAUUGAAGUUCAAGGAGAAGAACUUGCAGCUGAAGCGUCAAUGGCUCAGAACACAACCAUGAGCGUUGGUGGCUACAGCCCCGUGACCAUGCUGUUCGGCAUCCUUCCUCGAGGCUUCAUGGACCCAGAGGCAGCACUACAUGGUGACAUUGAAGAGGGAGCUGCCGAGUCAACUUUUGAACGCAGCCUUCGACUACGCCAGAUUGCUCUUCAAGCCUCUCAAGCAGCCAUUCUUGAAAGCCGGAUAGCCAGAGCCAAUCGAUCACGACCUCAACGACUACGAGUAGAAGAUUUGGUUCCUGGCACAACUACCGUUGAAAUCUUUAGAGAAGAUGGUAGCGGCCAAGGAUGGCGUGGUCCUGCAACGAUCCUGAAGAUCGACGAGGAAGCUGGCAAUGCAGUGGUGGACUUCCAAGGAAAACCUUACCUACUUGGCCUACGACAUGUUCGACCUCUACGUGACUCCUUCCACAUCCACUUCAACACCUCCUCAUCAACUUCGACAGUUGCUGAUGCCGAAAAGGCCAUCACAGCCAUGAAGGAAGUGGUGGAAUCGAGCACUCCAUACAGACCCUUCACUAUGGGCGAGGUCUACAUCGAGAACAACAACGAAGCCAAGAUGGUGAAGUUUCCCAAGACAGAAAGUCCUACAACCAAUGCGAUGCUGAGCAACGCCAAGAUCUUUCUCCAGUACCACUACGUGAACUUCGUGCUCCACGGCAUCAAGUUUGGCAAGGGCAUGAAAACCAUCAUGGUACCUCGCUACUCCAAAGGAGUGAUGAUCACAUGGCCCGAAGGAUCCUAUGGCAUUGCCAUCACAGAGCACAACUCCGAUGCACACCUGCACAUCAAGGAGUACCUCAACCGAAACGUGGACAAGCUCUGUCACCUCUACUUCUACGGCUAUGUGUUCCACCAGAACGAGGAGAACAACGUGCCCUUCAAAAUCACCAAGAGAAAGAUGCCCGAGCAACUUCCUCUACCUGAAGCCCAAGAUCUACCAGACACUGAGAUGGAGGAGCCAGAGGACAACAAACGAAAAGGGCCUGACAGCAGAACAGUAGUUCUGGCACCAGAAAAGAAGAAACAACGCAUCCAAUGGACUUCACGAGACCUUCUCUACCAACGAUCUCUUUGGUGGAUGCUUCAACGGCCCAAGAAGUAUGUCCUGGAGCCUCACUCAAUCUGGUAUGAACUUGAGGAAAGAUGGAUGAGGAAGAAAACCAUGACAAUCAUGCCAACUGAGAAUUACCUUCUUCAUUGCCACAGCAGGACAAAAGCCUUCCUCGAGAUCGACAUCAAGAACUGGGAAAUCUAUCGAGUAGACCAGCAGACCGACACCUUGACUGAAGGAGAUGUUCUACGACAUUGGCCUCUCUUUGAGACUGCUGAUCGUGAGGAACUACGACAAUUCAUCGACCAGAACAUCUUCAAGAAGGUCUGGCUGGGCGACUUGGAGGAAGGAACCACUGUGGUGGAUGCAACAUGGGUCAGGAAGUUCAAAAGACUUCCCAAUGGUGAACUGGCUGCAAAGAGCAGACUAUGCGCCAGAGGAUUUCUUGACCCUCAACGACAAGAACUUCCAACACGAUCUACUACGGCCACACGACUGUCACAGCGAUUGGUGGUGAGCGUUGCAGCCACACACAACUUCAUCUUGGCCUCACUGGACGUCAGCGGUGCAUUCCUGAAGGGCUUCACCUUUGAGAAGGUCCGACAAGUGCUGGCCAAAAGAGGAAUUGUCUCUCCUCCUCGGAAAGUUGUGGUAGUGCCUCCACCAAACACUUGGCGACAGUUGGCCCACUUCGACGAGAGCUUCUACGUGCCUGAGGAGUCCUACGGCAAGUUUGGGCUACUUUGUCAAAAGCCUGCCUAUGGGCUGAAUGACGCCCCACUUGCUUGGCAGAUGAGCCUUCAGGAGACUUUGGAAGAAGGAGGAGGAGUCCAAUCACUGCUGGACGAAUGUCUUUGGCACUUCAAGCACCCUGAUGGACGUUUGAAGGGAUUGGUAUCCACUCAUGUGGAUGACUUGGCCAUUGCCUCCGGCGAGCAGUUCUUGAUGGAGCAGCAGAAGAAGCUCAACUCCAAGUACGGCAGCAUCAAGGCACAGAGGACACCUUUCACUCACUGUGGUUGCCGAUACUCUGAACUUCCUGGAGGUGGCUUCAAGGUUGACCAGCAGGACUUUGUGGACUCCCUCAAAUGCCAGGAGAUCACCAACACUGGUGACAACUCACGACCUCUCACUGCCGAGGAGCUCACAAAGUUUCGAAGUGCUCUUGGUGGCCUACUUUGGUUGACAGCAACUCGACUUGACUUGGUUGCUGAUGUCAGCAUCUUACAAGGCAGAGUCACAAAAGCCACGGUGGGCGACAUGCUGAUGGCCAACUCUGUGAUUCGCAAGGCCAAGCAGAAGCAGUACUAUGGCAUGGGCUUGACCUACAAGAGAUUCUCAACCUCUACACCUUGGAGACUCCUGACGAUCCACGAUGCCUCUGCCGCAGCAAAAGGGCGAAACUAUGCUCAGGAGCGUGUCAUCAUUCUACUUGCUCCAGACCAUCUACGGCUUGAUCAGAAGAUCCACACUCUCUGUGGAACCGAUGUCAAUGAAGAGGUCUUUGGUGGUCCCGCACACAUUUUGCUUGCGCAUGGUGCCAAGGCCAAGAGAAUCUGCUACUCAACGAGCCAUGCAGAAACCCUGGCAGCCAUCUCAGGCCUCGAAACAUCAACUUUGGUGAGUUUGCGAUUGGCAGAGAUCCUGAUGAAGGAGCGCAAACCCACGCUUCAACAACUUGCUGCACUACAAGAAGGUGGAGUGGAUUUCCUGCCGGUGGACAGCUACACCGACUGCAAGGACUUCUUUUCCUUGACCACGGGCGUAACAGCCUUGCCACAAGACAAGAGCCAGAGGAUCUAUAUCUUGGCACACCGAGAAGCCAGAAUCAAGGGCCGUCUUCGAUGGAUCAUCCUGGUGCCCACGGAGUACAUGACAGCAGAUCCUUUGACCAAAAGUAUGUACUCAAGGCCACUUCUUGGACUGAUGGCAGAAGGAGAAGUUCACUUCUUCAACAAGGAUGGUCACCCAAUUCAAGCUCGAAGAUUACCAGUGAUCAAUGACUUCACGGAGGAACAGCUCGAGAAGGGUGACACCUCGUGGAUGGAAAACUAUUUGAGCAUCGAGAACAUCAAGCAGAUCCAACAUCACACUACAUCAUCUCCGAGAACAUGGUCCUCAGCAAGCUCUACACGAACGAACCUUUGGCUGCUGAUCUUCCUCUACUUUGCAAGCGCAGCUGCAGGAAUGGAUGGAAGAGAUGAUGAAGCACAAUGCAGUGCUGAUGAAGUUUCACCGUAUGGACGGCAUGCACAGGCCUUCAUCCUGUCAGUCAUGAUGGUGGCGAUUUUCUGCCUGACCUACAUUUUGUUUUGGACCCGGAGGACCUUGGAUCAACUGCGAUGCUACAUGCAGAUCCGCGUCGUGGACGAGGUCACACCGUUGGUCUACCGGGUGAUGGAUUUGGAAUGCAGCGAGAUGCAGACUCGCAGUGACUUGGAUCAACUUCUACGACAAGCCGCAGAAGCACGGGGAGACCUGGACACUUUGUUCAGAGCAGUGAGGCAUGCUUCGCCUCACCCCGAUGAGCCUUCUCAACAGCGGCGACGCCUCAUCGACAAUCGACCUCCAGUUGCAGAACCUGACUGUGAAAGGAGCCAUGAAGAUUCACCACAACCUGCCGAAGAAGAAAUAUCCUCAGAAGAUGAGAAUGAGAUUGACAGGUUGGUUGCCCUGGCACGGCGCUCAAGAUCGCGGGACGACAGCCUACAUCAUGGACGAGACCUACAGGCUGGCGGAAGUGGCGAUCGAGCUCUACACGCGGGCGCUGGCGGAAGUGGAGAUCGAGCACUUCACGCUGAUGCUGGUGGCGACGAAGAACCUCAUGGUGAAGAAGAUCCUGAAGAAGAAGCAGUGGAAGAGGACGAUGAGUUUGCGGCGUUCCCACAUGGCAACACCUCUGACGACGAGUUCGAGCAGAGGCAUGAGACGGAACGUCAAAGGCAGGAGAUGAACUUCCGCAUCCACUACAUGCUGAUCCAGGCCAACAACUUGGGAGUUGAGCUCCAUACUGCUGGACAGCGGUAUUCACAGGGAAGGAUCCCCUUUGGCCGCAUCGAGCAGCUCUAUGUGGAGCAUGCGCCGUUCUUUCCGCUGCCGGCGACUGAUCCCAAUGAAGAGGAUAUCACCGUGGGGUACUUCCGCAACGAGUACUUCUACGUGCUGCGGAUGGGAAAUGAGCAGCCGCUCAACUUCAGGUCACUGGAGGGCUUGCACGGCUACAGAUGCCACUACAUCAUUGCCGAGCGCGACAUCCGACUGAGCCCACAAGAAAGGCGCGACCGGCUUUACAAUCUGCUGCAGCACUAUCAGCGGAUUUAG